AUGGCUUUCGCUCUUAGGUUCUUCACAUGCCUUGUUUUGACGGUGUUCGUUGUUGCAUCAGUAGAUGCAGCAAUCACAUGUGGCACAGUGACAGGUAGCUUGGUUCCAUGUGCCACCUACCUGACAAAAGGCGGGGCUGUGCCGCCUCCGUGCUGUGCGGCGGUCAAAAAAUUGAAUGGUAUGGCUCAAACCACACCGGACCGUCAAGCAGCAUGCAAAUGCCUAAAGGCCGCUGCAAAGAGCAUCAACCCAAGCCUAGCCUCUGGCCUUCCUGGAAAGUGCGGUGUUAGCAUUCCCUACCCCAUCUCCAUGAACACCAACUGCGACACGUAA